AGACCAGCGAUUUGCUGCAAAGACACCAGUUGAAAAAGGAACAUUGCAGAAGCCAAGCAAGAGAAUCCACACUGCUGGACACAGACACCCGUUGUCUUAACCACCUGUAGCUCACGUCAAGUCUUCUCAAAAUGGCCAUGAUACUGAAACCCUGGACCGUCUUGGUCGCCUUGGUGUUGUGCGUGCUGGUGUGUCUCGGGACUUUCGUGGACGCCUACCCACCUAAACCGGAGAACCCUGGAGAAGACGCGCCUCCUGAAGAGCUGGCCAAAUACUACACCGCGCUCAGACACUACAUCAAUCUGAUCACGAGACAGAGGUACGGUAAGAGGUCCGCCCAGGAGGGAGUGAUGUCAGAGUUGCUGUUCGGCAACAAUGCAGAGAGAGACCAGAGAUCAAGAUAUGACGACUCCUACAUGUGGUGAUUCCUCGUCCUCAUUGGGUAUUCUCCCCAGGUGUCCACCAAUACCUGGAGAGGCCGACCAGUGCCUCCCACCACCGCCUCUCCCUCUGACCCCUGACCACAACCAAUGACCAUCACAGACCUUUAAGACAACGUAAAAUCAACCUGAAAUACCUAACCCUCCCCCAUCCCUCUUUCCCUC